GUCAUAAACAUAACCCUUCAUUUUUUUCUUCCUCUUUUUUACCCUUUCUUCCCCAUCUCUUUCUCUCUCUUCCUAAAACCCUUCUCUGCUAUUUUAUACCCCUUGAUCUGUAAUCUUUAGGAAGAGGGACAAAUUUUGUUGCUUAUUUGUUGACUUAUCAAGCUCUAGUUAAACAUUUGAAGCUUUUAUUUUACACCAAAAAUGGCAGCAACUCCUCCCACAGUGCCAGCAAUGGGUGAAAAAUCAACCGAACUUCCAAAAACUGAACAAGUUGUAGAUUACAGCAAUCUCCCUUGCCCUCUUCCUUAUGAAGAAAUUCACCGUGAAUCUUUAAUGUCUCUGAAGCCAGAAACUUUCGAAGGGAUGCGGUUUGAUUUUACUAAAGCCCUUAGCCCAAAAUUCUUUCUUAGUCACAGUGUGUCCAUGGGGCCGACUGAAGUUCCUUCGCAAUCUCCAGAGCCCAUUAAAAUACCUGUUGCGAAUUAUGAAUUUGGUGCUAACUUUUUAGACCCAAAGUUGAUGCUUAUUGGAAGGGUCUCACAUGACGGUAGACUAAAUGCAAGACUUAAGUGUGAUUUGACAGAGAAUGUUACUUUGAAGGGAAAUGCUUCGCUUACAGGUGAGCCUCACAUGUCUCACGCGAUGGGUACUUUAGAUCACAAGGGUAAAGACUAUAGGGCUCAGCUUCAACUAGGAAGUGGUGCACUUUGUGGCGCAAACUACAUACAGAGUGUGACCCCACAUCUCUCUUUAGGUGGUGAAAUUUUCUGGGCUGGUCAGCAUAGAAAGUCUGGUGUUGGUUAUGCUGCUCGAUACAGCAACGAUAAAGUGGUUGCAACUGGGCAAGCGGCUAGCACAGGAAUGGUUGCCCUUAGUUAUGUCCAGAAAGUAUCUGAAAAGGUUUCUCUAGCAACAGAAUUUGCAUAUAACCAUAUGUCAAAAGAUGUUACAGCUACCGUAGGUUAUGAUGCAGUGCUACGUCAGGCACGUGUUAGAGGGAAGAUAGAUUCCAAUGGUUGUGUUACUGGUUUUCUUGAAGAGAGACUUAAUCUGGGUCUCAAUUUUAUACUUUCUGCAGAGAUUGAUCACAAAAAGAAAGAUUACAAAUUUGGUUUUGGCUUUACUGUUGGAGAGUAAAACAUUUGUCGUCCAACUCAAAGAGGCUUACUGCUGUAGGAGCGUUUAUCCGGUUUUGGAGGAUCGAGUUUUUUUUGUUCCGUUUCUUGGUCGAAAUCUGUUGUGUACUCCUAUAUUCAAUUUUACUGGUUUAUAGGGAAUUAUAUUGGUCUCAUUUUUCACUUUUGGGCUAAGAAUACUGUUUGAUAUUCUCCCCUUUUUCUUUUUCUAUUAUUAGAAUUCAGAUAGUCAAAAUAUUGCCUCUCCCAUGGCCUUCAACAUCAUUGCAAACAAUUGAUCUAGUGAUGCUGGCUAAUAACACACUUGCGGAGUUGAAAGUCUUACAUUUCAUCAUUCUGUAACAAUAUGAUGUCAAUUCAUUCUUUCUUUUGUCA